GUGUCAACAUAUGAGAGACUUAUGGAACUACGCGAUUAUAUUUCUGAUCGGCCGGAGACAUGCGAUAGGACUUGUUACUCUCUACAAAAUGUUGAUGGAGUGCGUUUAGAUGAAUUGGCCGUGAUAGGAAAAUUGCAAGAUAUUGAUGAUGGGUCAUUGAUUCGCCUGAUGGAUGAGGAAUAUAAUCUGCGGGAUGUAAAAAUUCAUCUAAGACGUUUACGUGAUCUGCUGACCAGUUUCUCCAGAGUCAACGCUUAUACUGCUCAAGAUAAUAUGUCAUUAACAUUUUUAAGUGGAAUAACAGAGAUUGAUAUUGAAGCAUUGAAAAAAGGUUCAACUAAAGAAUCGCAACUGGAUUGCGCACCUCCAUGUUAUCUAAUUCCUGGCAGCGCAACUUCUAACGGCGUACCUCUUACUCCAUUAUACUUUAAUGAAUCAUACCAAGAUUGUUUGAAGGAGUUAUCAACUAGCGGAUGGAAUCCACCUCCCCCUAAUCGGAAACUACAAGGUGAUUUAAUGUAUGUCAACGUGGAGACCUUAGAAGGUGAAACUUAUAAUAUCACAGCAUCAAUAACUGGCUUUUUUGUCAAUAGGACUAAAGAUCACAUUUUCAAUCCUGCUCCAAGUUCUGAGUUUCCUCUUAGCCACACUUUAGCUGGAUUACUAAAUAGGAUAAGCCCUUUGUUUAAGAAGAAUUUCUUAAUUCUUCAAAAAGUCAGUCUUAAGACGAAUCCUCUAGAACUUGUUCCUACGCCUUACCAAGUUUUUCCAUGGGCGGUGCCAAAAUUAGAUCACGGUUAUGAUAAACAGCGAGCGGAAGAUUAUUCGUUUGCUAGAGUUGGAUAUGAGGAGCACCUAGCAGGGCAGUUACGCGAUUGGAAUGAUGAUUUUCAAUCAGCUAAAGAAAUGCCGACAGAAACAAUUCAAGAAAAAAUUGAGCGAGAUCGGACCAUAUUUAGAGUUAAUACGGACUUCGUGGCUGUAGCUACGAAGGGUGCUAUCGCUGUAGUAGAUGGAAAUGUUGUUGCAAUGAAUCCAGCUGAACCAGAGAGGCUACGACUAUAUAUUUGGAAUAACAUCUUCUUCAGCUUUGCUGUAGAUUGUCGUGAUCAAUAUAAGCAACUUGGAGGCGACAUAGCUGCCUAUCGGGCUGCGGGGCAAGACGUACAUGCGAUAGACUUCGUUCAAAAGUUAGACGUUGAUGGCUUACAUACGCUUGAAACUGCCGUAAUAGACUACUGUGGUCGGAGAAUCAUUGCUCAAUCUUUAAUUCCAGGUAUUCUCAACCGAAGUCAGGAGAACUCUGUAAUUUAUGGUUCCAUCGAUUCAGGUUUAACCAUAGCUGCAGAUGAAGUUUUUAUAGAGCAGUUGAAGAAAUAUUCACAAUUAUUUCGAGUUCGACCGAUUAGCGUCGUAGACAAAUUUGAUCAAGACGUUAAAAUUUGGUCAUCUAUAGAAUUAAAAGGCAUCCUUGGAUACGAUCGAAGACGAUAUAUUGUUGAUUUAAUUAAAACAUUACCAAUAGAUGUAAACUUCAUUGAGGCAAAUGAGAGUAAUCAUGAUGAUAAACCCCGUAAAUAUUUUCCUUUGAACCAUGGGCACUGCUUGUCUCGUUUACGUCGUGAGCUCGUGGAAGCUUUUAUUGCAGGUCGAUACAUGCUGUACUGGAGACUUGUCGCCAUAUACUCUUACGCUGAUCAGCAAAAGCAAUUUAAAGAUAAGGACGGAGUUGAUCAACAUGGAAAUGAAGCUUUAAGUGAACUUCCGGUGGAAUCGUUACCAUCUACAGAAGAAAUUAAAGAAGGUGGCAAAAAUGAAUUAAGUGAUAGUAACGGACCUAACGAGGGACAAAAUCAAAGUACCAAAAAAGCUGCCGCUGCUGUGGGUUCAUACUCUAGUACUGAACUUGAUAUUAGGUUUAAUCCCGACCUAUUUACACCCAACAUAAAGUUUUCGGAAUCUGAGAGUGAAGCUUUGGGAAAGGAUAAAUCACUCGCUCAUGAUGCAGCCAAAUUCUUAGUUGAAAGUAUUAUCCCUAAAACGGUACAAGCUGUUAUAUUUAAUCUGACUAGUCCGGUCGAUGGAAAUUCGUUUAAGGAUGUAUUGCAUCAAAGGGGUAUCAAUAUUCGCUACAUUGGCUAUAUAGCAUCUUUAAUUGCUAAUACGCCGGAACUGUCUUAUGUUUAUAAACUGUGCUUGACGGAAAUGAUUACUAGGAUUGCAAAGAGAACCUUUAAAGAGCUGAUAAGACGUACCAGCUUCCGUGUUUUAUCUUGCGCCAUCUCUCAUUUUUUAAACUGCUUCCUGUUACGACCAUCAAAGAAAAAGAAGAAUAGAAAGAAGCAUACAAAACCCCACAACUUAGCACAAGAUAAAUCUGAUUUGCGAUGGAUUUCUUUAUCACCUGAAGAUUUAUGGAAGCAAAUAUCCUCCGAAAUUUCCACUUAUUUUGGAUAUGAAAUACCACAAAUUCAAAGUGAUAAUAUUCCUGGCCAAUACCUAGCAAAGUUGCAGAGAAUAUCUGUUUUGCGCGCUUUUUGUAUGCAAACAGGCGUUCAGGUAGUCCUUCGAGAAUAUAUAUUUGAUAAUAAAAAGGUCUUAACCUUUAAUGACGAUGACAUAGUGAAUAUUAUUCCCCGUGUAAAGCACUUAAAUCCGAAGCACUGCAAAUUUUAUUUAUAUCUUUAUUUUUUUAUGAUAUAUUCGUAUAUCACAGGCCUAAUUCAGGAAGCUCUAGAUGUACUCAUUGAGGCGCUAGCAAUUUUUCAGCAAGUUUAUGGGCCGCUACAUCCUGAUGUUUUUGCAUUUCUAGAAAAAUUUACUAGAUUAUUUUAUUCGCAGGCUGUCUGUUUUCAAAAGAAAGCAACUAUAGUGAGUGAAAGAUUAUUUGGUGUUGACAGUCAAGAAACUAUCAUUGCUUACGUGCAUUUGUCGUUAUAUUGCCAUGCUGCUGGCCAAAAACGUGUUGCACUGCGUUUGAUGUAUCGUGCACGUUACCUAACAUGUUUGGUUUUUGGCGAAGAUCAUCCAGAUAUGGCUACAAUCGAUAGUAACAUUGGACUGAUAUUAUUUGCUACUGAAAAUAGUCAAAACGCUAUCCAAUUUUUAAUAAACGCUUUGGAAAUCCAACAACGAUAUUAUGGAGAUGAUAGUAUCAAUGCCGCAAUUAGCCAUCAUCUUUUAGCUAUCGUUAAAUCUACUGCCUGUGACUUUCGUUCAGCGAUGCAUCACGAAAAACAAGUAUUCAAUAUUUAUAACGGCAAGUUUGGAGAAAAGGAUGACCGUACUAAGGAGAGUUCUGAGUUUCUAAAUCGCCUGACUGGACAGGCAGUUGUAAUGCAGAAAAAGGUAGCUUUGUAUUGCGAUCUUCAUUGCACUACAUUACCGAUGUUAUACUGCAAUAUAUUCUCGUGA